AAUCUACAAGAAAGGGACUAAAGAAUGAUUUCCAUCGUAAAUCACACAUAAUCACUGUUUAGUGUUAAGAAUCCCAUUUUUACCGCCCUUUUGCUCCGGCGCAUGUUCCACAGGGCCCUCUCCGGCGGCUCCCAAGCCCUCCGAUCUCGCUUCUCAUCGAUCUCAUGGAAACCAAUUGGGAAGCCGCAGCAAACCCUAGCGUCCGAGAUCGUUCUCGCAGGUGUCGCUCUCCAUUCCGGUGAAACAGUGACUGCGAAACUUCUCCCGGAGGCAGCGGGUCAGGGCCGGUAUUUUGUUGUCGGAGGCGUCGGAGGCCAAGUGACGACUAUAGCCGCUGCGAUCGGGAACGCUGAGGAUUCGCCGCUUUGCACGACGCUGAGCCGGGCGGGGGCACGUGUCCGGACCGUUGAGCAUUUGCUCUCGGCGCUUGAGGCAUGCGGUGUUGAUAACUGCCGCAUUGAGAUCAGUGGCGGAAACGAGGUUCCUGUGUUAGAUGGUUCAGCUAAAGAAUGGGUGGAGGCAAUCCAACAAGUCGGUUUAUGUGUAGCAGAGGCUUCUGCUGGCAAUUAUAUUGAUAAACUUGCCCCAUUCCUUAAUGAACCAAUAUAUGUUUCGAGAAAUGAUUCUUUCAUUUUUGGCUUCCCUUCUCCAGAAAUUCUGAUCACAUAUGGGAUAGACUUCUCUAAGGUUCCAUCUAUUGGUUGUCAGUGGUUCUCUUCUUUAAUCAAUGCAUCUGUAUACUUGAAAGAAAUUGCUCCUGCUAGAACAUUUUGUGUUUAUGAAGAGGUUGAGAAGAUGCGCAGUGCUGGUCUCAUCCAAGGAGGGUCGGCAGAAAAUGCCAUUGUUUGCAGUACCACCAGAGGUUGGCUUAAUCCACCUUUACGCUAUCAUGAUGAACCCUGCCGCCACAAGGUUCUUGAUCUUGUUGGUGACUUCUCUCUUUUGGCCCACAAUGGCAACCAAGGAUUGCUGAAUGCCCACAUAAUUGCUUACAAGGCUGGUCAUUCGCUGCAUUCUGAAUUCAUACGGUGUAUAUCAAAAAUUCUGUGCUCGGUGGAAAAAUAAUCAAGCUUUUGAGAUAGUUGUUCACAGAUGAAAUUGGUUCCUUUCUUUUGAGCUAGUUGACCUUUAACCAUAGAUGAAGAAUGCAGAGGCACAAGGGCCAAAGAACAGAUUAUUGCCACCAUUAUUCUUGUUGUUUUCUUUUGUGAUGGCAAAGAAAGUCUGCAUCAAAAUUUUUUGUUCUUCAUUAUAGAAAACAUUGGCACAGAUAAUAUUGUUGUAGUAUUUUGGGCUGUGCCAGCUCAAAUUUCUGAUCAUCUUUCUCUGGCCGUUCUUCUUUUAACUACCAUAGAAACUCUGAUGGCUGUGA